AUGAGCCAGAGCCCGGAGUUCGGGCCCCGGAGGGGCAGUUCUCCCCGGGGCACAGUCGGAGCCGGUGCGCGGCGCAACGAGAGCCAGGACUAUCUGCUCAUGGACUCGGAGCUGGGAGAGGACGGCUGCCCGCACGCCCAGCUGUCUUCUUACGGCUACUACCCCUGCUUCCGGGGAUCUGACAACAGACUGACUCACCGGCGGCAGACAGUUCUCCGUGAGAAAGGGAGAAGGUUAGCGAAUCGAGGACCAGCAUACAUGUUUAGUGAUCGCUCAACAAGCCUAUCUAUAGAGGAGGAACGCUUUUUAGAUGCAGCUGAAUAUGGUAACAUCCCAGUGGUGCGGAAGAUGUUAGAAGAAUGCCUCUCGCUCAAUGUUAACUGUGUGGAUUACAUGGGCCAGAAUGCCCUGCAAUUGGCAGUGGCCAACGAGCAUCUGGAAAUUACAGAACUACUUCUGAAGAAAGAAAACCUCUCUCGGGUUGGGGAUGCUUUGCUGCUAGCCAUUAGUAAAGGUUAUGUUCGAAUUGUGGAAGCGAUUCUCAGUCAUCCAGCUUUUGCUGAAGGCAAGAGGUUAGCAACCAGUCCUAGCCAAUCGGAACUCCAGCAAGAUGACUUUUAUGCCUAUGAUGAAGAUGGGACCCGGUUCUCCCAUGAUGUGACUCCAAUCAUUCUGGCCGCCCACUGCCAGGAAUAUGAAAUCGUGCAUACCCUCCUGAGGAAGGGUGCUAGGAUUGAACGGCCUCAUGAUUAUUUCUGCAAGUGCAAUGACUGCAACCAGAAACAGAAGCAUGACUCAUUUAGCCACUCCAGAUCUAGGAUUAAUGCCUAUAAAGGCCUGGCAAGUCCAGCUUACCUGUCAUUGUCUAGUGAAGAUCCAGUCAUGACGGCUUUAGAACUUAGCAAUGAACUGGCAGUGCUGGCCAAUAUUGAGAAAGAGUUCAAGAAUGACUACAAAAAACUGUCAGUGCAGUGCAAAGACUUUGUUGUUGGACUCCUUGAUCUGUGCAGAAACACAGAAGAAGUCGAGGCCAUUCUGAAUGGGGAUGUUGAAACGCUCCAGAGUGGUGAUCAUGGUCGCCCAAAUCUCAGCCGUUUAAAACUUGCCAUUAAAUAUGAAGUGAAAAAAUUUGUAGCUCAUCCAAACUGCCAACAGCAACUUCUCUCCAUCUGGUAUGAGAAUCUUUCUGGUUUACGACAGCAGACAAUGGUGGUCAAGUUCCUUGUGGUCCUUGCUGUUGCCAUUGGACUGCCCUUCCUGGCUCUGAUUUACUGGUUUGCUCCAUGCAGCAAGAUGGGGAAGAUAAUGCGUGGACCAUUCAUGAAGUUUGUAGCACACGCAGCCUCCUUCACCAUUUUUCUGGGACUGCUAGUCAUGAAUGCAGCUGACAGAUUUGAAGGCACAAAACUCCUUCCUAAUGAAACCAGCACAGAUAAUGCAAAACAGCUGUUCAGGAUGAAAACAUCCUGCUUCUCAUGGAUGGAGAUGCUCAUUAUAUCAUGGGUAAUAGGCAUGAUAUGGGCUGAAUGUAAAGAAAUUUGGACUCAAGGCCCCAAGGAAUAUUUGUUUGAGUUGUGGAAUAUGCUUGACUUUGGUAUGUUAGCGAUUUUUGCAGCAUCAUUCAUUGCAAGAUUCAUGGCAUUCUGGCAUGCUUCCAAAGCCCAGAGCAUCGUCGAUGCAAAUGAUACCUUGAAGGACUUGACAAAAGUAACACUGGGAGACAAUGUGAAAUACUACAAUUUGGCCAGGAUAAAGUGGGACCCCUCUGAUCCUCAAAUAAUAUCUGAAGGUCUUUACGCAAUUGCUGUAGUUUUAAGUUUCUCUAGGAUAGCUUAUAUUUUACCAGCAAACGAAAGCUUUGGACCUCUGCAGAUCUCACUUGGAAGAACAGUCAAAGACAUCUUCAAGUUCAUGGUCAUAUUCAUUAUGGUGUUUGUGGCCUUUAUGAUUGGAAUGUUCAACCUCUACUCCUACUACAUUGGUGCAAAACAAAAUGAAGCCUUCACAACAGUUGAAGAGAGUUUUAAGACGCUGUUCUGGGCUAUAUUUGGACUUUCCGAAGUGAAAUCAGUGGUCAUCAACUAUAACCACAAAUUCAUUGAAAACAUUGGUUAUGUUCUUUAUGGAGUUUAUAAUGUUACAAUGGUCAUUGUUUUGCUAAAUAUGUUAAUUGCCAUGAUCAACAGUUCAUUCCAGGAAAUUGAGGAUGACGCUGAUGUGGAGUGGAAAUUUGCAAGGGCCAAACUCUGGUUUUCCUACUUUGAGGAGGGGAGAACACUUCCUGUUCCCUUCAAUCUGGUGCCAAGUCCAAAGUCCCUGUUCUAUCUCCUACUGAAGCUUAAAAAAUGGAUUUCUGAGCUGUUCCAGAGUCACAAAAAAGAUUUCCAGGAAGAUGCAGAGAUGAACAAGAUACAUGAAGAAAAGAAACUUGGAGUUUUAGGAAGUCGUGAAGACCUUUCAAAAUUAUCGCUUGACAAAAAACAGGUUGGGCAUAAUAAACCACCAAGUGUAAGGAACUCAGAAGAUUUCCAUUUAAAUAGUUUCAAUAAUCCGCCAAGACAGUAUCAGAAAAUAAUGAAGAGGCUCAUUAAAAGAUAUGUACUGCAGGCCCAGGUAGAUAAGGAGAGUGACGAAGUGAACGAAGGGGAACUGAAGGAAAUUAAGCAGGAUAUCUCAAGUCUCCGCUAUGAACUCCUUGAAGAAAAAUCUCAGAAUACACAAGACCUAGCAGAACUUAUUAGAGAACUUGGAGAGAAAUUAUCCAUGGAACCAAAUCAAGAGAAAACCAAUAGAUAAUGCGAAGACUUCCUUAGAAAUUUAUAUUUAUUUGUCCACUUGAAGCCAUAUUAUUUUCUGAUUUUUUUUUAAGUGCCAAUGUGCCCACCUUUUUUUUUUUUUUAGACAGAGUCUUGCUCUGUUGCCCAGGCUGAAGUACAGUGGUGCAAACCUAAAUAACUUGGGUGAUCCUAUCAUCUGGAACCCUAGUAUGUAAUUUUUUUGGUGAUUAAACUCCAUCGUUCAGGGUAAAAGUUGUAGAUUAUGAUGAAAAUUAUGCCCAGUGGUUUGGUGCUUGUUUUAUAAACUGCUUUCUUAGAUGUAACUGUAGUGAUGAUGUCAUUGCUAUGUAGUGUCUGCCGGGAAAUGAGUUCCAGUGGGCAGAGGCUGACCCAUGUUAUUGCCCACGUGAUUUUUCCUCUGAAGGUUAUUUCAGGUUCUUUCUUGCCUGCUCCGUGGAUCCCCUGCUGGGGACUCCUGGCUCUGAAAUUUGGGGAAAAGUAGUCCCGCCCUUUAAAGAAUGCUGUUUAACCAUCAUUUACCCUAUUUAUCCCUCAAAGCACAUGAUGGACACUGUUCAUACAAAAUGGACUUUUAUCUAUGUAAAAUUUUCUGAUUCAUCUAUUUGAAAACGUUAUACUUAAUAAUGAAAAAGAAUUUUUCCUCCACUGAACCCUGGAAACGUGGUCCAGUUUGUGCGUGUGUAAAUGUGUACACACAUACAUAAAAUACAUAAAAUGAUCUAUUUCUUUUGUGACUAAUGUGGAAACAAAAGCUCUUUAUGUUAUAAAUUUUUAUUGUGACUAAAAAAUUACUGUGUAAAUAACUACCUUUUAUUGGAGAAAAAAAUCAAAACUGCAAACAAUGUGGUUAUUUGGUUCUAUUUUAGCACAAUUUUGUGCCAUUUCUGGGAGCAAUGUAUGAAUCCCCACACUUAGCCACUGAAUGUAAAGGAGAAAAAUAACAUGGGAAUUUAAAAAUACUUAUCUGUUAUUCUUACUAUGUUCUAUCCUCUAUUCAAAUAUAUAAAACAGGAAUUGGCAUUCAUGUGCAUUACCAAGAGGUUUUUGUUAUUACUUACUGAUGAUGUGAACUGGUGUCUUAAACAACUAAAAGAGAGACAUGAAAGUUCAUCUGUUUACUCAAAGACCAUUGGCAUUCAGAGGAUGCUGGACAUUAACUGGAAAUGCUACUUUCAAUUCAAUAAAGGGAUAUUUCAAAUGCAAACCCUUUUAACUUCAUCUUAAAGAUGAAAUGGUCACAGAAAAGCUGUUUAGCUCCAACUUUGGCUUAAUUUAAAUUAAAUAACAUUUAUGUAAUCAGAUCAGAAAAUACAGCUGAAAAUUUAUAUUCAGUGAUUUUGUAUUUGUGGGUACUACUAAUGGAAAAGUAAUUUAGUGAUAUAUAAAGAUCGAUUUUCAAAUAUUUUGUGACAAUAUUUGAAUCAGCAGUUGUAAAAAAUCAACCUCGUGCCAAAUGCACUAUCAGAAAAUUAAAAUAAUCUAACAU